AUGAGGAUCAAAGAUGAAAUCAUGGAAAAAAUAAGAAACCAUCACGCAUCCAAGGACAUCGACAUCGACAGAGUGUUAAACUCUAAAUCAAACCCAAGAUAUAGAAAAAUCUGCUCCUUUAAUGUUAACAGACCAGAGGAUUCUCUUCAGUUCAGGGCUCUGAAUUUAAAUAAAUUAAGAGCCGUUAGUCGUCUCAGAGUAGCAAGUAAAGAUUUUAUGAAAAUAUACUUAAAAGAUGCUAUUUUGACUAUUAAAUCCAGUGAGGUAUGUGGUGCAUGCAACUGCCUUGUAACUGACCCGGUAACUCAUUUUCUGAUCCAAUGUAUCAAGUUCAACGAGCCAAAAAAUAAGUACUUGAAGGCAUUUAUCACUGAACCAGAGAAGAUGCUAGUGUGGAGGAGAUACUGA